GGUUCAGACAAUGCGUUUUACUCUUUCCUAUCCUUCUCUCUCAUGUCCGUUCGUUGACUCAACUGUUACUCUGCGUUGACUCACUCUCUAGGUCAACUCCGCUCCGAGUUGCCGUCGUCGCCCUCGCCAUGAGCAGCUGCUCCUCCGCCAGAGGGCCGGUGGCGCCCUCUGUUCCUCUGAUCGCCUUCCUCGAGCGCGUCCAAGAAGCCGCUCUCAGCAUCUUCGGCGCCUCGGGCUUCGACCCGAAGCGCUACGUCGACCUGUCCCUCAAAUCCGACCUCCCGGCCGCGGAGCGCGCCUUCGACGAGCUACGGGCCUCGGCCACCGCUCAGGACUGGGAGACUUUCAUACGGAGCUAUUUCGAGGACGCGGGCGGCGACCUGGAGCACUACGAACCCCCGGAUUACACGCCGGAGCCGGAGGGGUUCCUGCCGGCAGUUAAGAGCAGGGAGAUGAGGGAGUGGGCGCUGGAGGUGCACGCUCUCUGGAAGAGCCUGAGCAGGAAGAUAUCGGAUGGAGUCAGGACCCGCCCGGAUUCCCACACGUUGAUACCGGUCCCGAACCCUCUUGUGAUUCCGGGGUCGAGGUUCCGCGAAGCUUAUUACUGGGAUUCUUAUUGGGUGAUUAGGGGGCUGUUGGCGAGUAAAAUGUAUGAGACUGCGAAAGCUGUUGUGAAGAAUCUCAUAUAUUUGGCAAAUCGAUAUGGCUAUGUCCUAAAUGGUGCCAGGGCAUACUACACUAACAGGAGCCAGCCUCCUCUAUUGAGUGCAAUGGUACGCGAAAUUUACGAUGCAACUCACGAUUUGGAAUUGGUUAAAAUAUCGCUGCAAGCACUACUCAAUGAAUAUGAGUUUUGGAAUUCAGGUAUCAAGUACAGAAAUCCAUGCAACCUUGGGAAACACAAGGUGACCAUACAAGAUGCUGAAGGUCGUAUUCAUACUUUAAGUCGAUACUAUGCAAAAUGGGACAAACCUAGGCCCGAAUCAUCCACCACUGACAAGGAGUCCGCGUCCAAGCUCUCGAGCGCUUCCGAAAAGGCGAAUUUGUACUGGGAACUUGCUUCAGCUGCUGAAUCUGGAUGGGAUUUCAGUGCGAGAUGGAUGAGGGAUCCUCUAGAUUUCACGACAAUGGCAGCAACUUCAGUGCUACCUGUUGAUUUAAAUGCAUUCAUACUGGGGAUGGAACAUGAUAUAGCUUUUUUUGCUGAAGUUAUUGGAGAUAAAAGUACUUUUGAGCGCUUUGUCAUGGCUUCUGAAGCAAGAAAAGAAGCGAUAACCUCAAUAUUUUGGAAUGAACAGAAGGGACAAUGGCUUGACUACUGGCUUAAUUAUAGCAACUCAUGCUCGGAGCCUUACAUAUGGGACACAUUAAACCAGAACCAGAAUGUAUAUGCAUCAAACUUUGUUCCUUUGUGGAUUAACCCAUUCUACUCAGAUGCUUCAAUGGUACAUAAAGUCGUGAACAGUCUCAAGCAUUCAGGUUUACUUCAGGCAUCGGGGAUUGCAACUUCCUUGCAGAAUUCAGGGCAGCAGUGGGACUUCCCUAAUGGGUGGGCUCCACUCCAGCACAUGAUUGUCGAAGGCCUGGUGAAAUCCGGUUCAACAGAUGCUAGGCAAAUGGCUGAAGACAUUGCUGCGAGGUGGAUCAGGACAAACUAUGCAGCAUACAAGCAGACCGGAAAAAUGCACGAGAAAUACAAUGUCGUGAAUUGUGGAGAGUUCGGAGGCGGCGGUGAAUAUGUUCCUCAAACUGGUUUUGGCUGGUCGAAUGGAGUUGUAUUGGCUUUCUUGGAGGAGUUCGGGUGGCCUCAGGACAGGGAAAUAAUAGAUCGGGAGUGAUCAGUGAGCUUCGUUGGCCACUGCUGGAUGGAGUUUGAAUAUAUAUUCGUCUCAACUCUUCCAAGAAGCUCUGGAGUUAAUUAUCCGUGAGCUCCAACAUGUGUGAGCUCAAGGUUAUGAAUAAUGAAUAUCUUUCUCCAACCUAUACUCACUCAACAUCAUCAGAUUGCUCAGAUUCUGUACUAUUGAUGGCUAAAUAAUUGUAUAAGAUACUAUUGAUGAGGGAGGAGUGCGGCCAUUGUCGGCCUCGCAAGGUGAAGAUAUUCGAAGCCUCUUGGUCGUUGCAUCUGGCUUGGCAGCCUUCCGACCUCUGGAAAAGUUUCAUGACCUGGUGAUAUCCAUCAGUUUCUUGCCCGGUCUGUUCUAUUGCGUGUUCAUUGUAUUCUAUUGUAUCCUUAUUAAAAAUACAACUUCAUGUUCAUAUUGGCAUGAGCGUUGAAAAAGCUUCACGUAAAAAAAGAUCGACAACUUCCAGGAAAGUUUGCUUG